AUGCAGAGAGAGUUAGACAGUCUCAGAGAAAACGGAGUGUUUGAAGAGACGAGUUUGCCAGUAGGGCAAAAAUCUCUAACCUGCAGAUGGGUAUUUAAACUCAAGCAGCUAGAAACAGGGGAGCAGAGGUUCAAGGCUAGGCUGGUCGCCCGUGGGUUCAACCAGGUCAAGGAGGUCGACUAUGACCAAACUUUCGCCCCCACAGCCAAAUCAGAGACUUUGCGUUUGUUUUUGACUAUUGCAGCCAAAGAAAACCUUAAAGUGAGGCAAUAUGAUUUUCAAACUGCCUAUCUCAACGCACCAAUCGUUGAGAAAAUAUAUUUAAGGAAGCCUGAAGGUUUAGAAACAGAUGACAACACCGUGUGGUUUCUAAAGAAGGCGAUUUAUGGGCUUAAGCAGAGUGCUAGGUGCUGGAAUUCUUUACUAAACGAAACUCUGAGAUUAUACACGUACGGCGGAGUCAACACGUAUUGGGAAAUAAUACAGCUGCAGGCUCAGGUUUCAAUUGAGCGGCCGGCUCCACCCAAAAGCAAGCUCCUGCAGCCAAGAGACAAGGAUGGGGGAUGCUGUGGAGGAAAAGUAAAUGGCUUUGGCUGCUGUAUGGCUGGAAAGGAAAAUGAAGUGAAUGGUCAUGGAUGCUGUGGAAAUCAAGUCAAUGGCCUGGGUUGUUGCAUGGAUGAAAAAAAAGACCAUACAGGCCUGAUAUCCUCAACCUUGUUCAGUCCAUCUGAGUUCCAGCCUCUGGAUCUCACACAAGAGCCUAUAUUUCCACCAGAGUUAUUGACGCACAAUAAUAAACCUCAAAAGCAGCUGUGCUUUAAAGGCGAGUGUGUGAUGUGGUUUCAGCCCUCAACCCUCAAGGAACUGGUGGCUCUCAAAGCUCAGUACCCCACCGCCAAGCUUGUGGUCGGGAACACAGAAGUGGAGGGCAGCAGGACUAUAAAGAUGGAUGAAACCUUCUUUACUGGUUAUAGAAAGACUAAACUAAAGCCUCAGGAAAUACUGGUCUCAGUUGAGAUUCCCUUCAGCAGGAAGGGUGAAUAUUUCUCAGCAUUCAAGCAAGCUUCACGACGGGAGGAUGACAUUGCUAUCGUGACCUGCGGAAUGAGAGUCCUCUUUCAUGAGGGCACCGAUCGAGUACAAGAAAUUAAGCUGAGCUAUGGAGGAAUGGCUCCCACAACUGUGCUGGUUACAAAGACAUGUCAGGAGCUCACUGGGAGGGAAUGGAAAGAAAACCUUUUGCAGGAAGCCUGCCACAGGCUGGCUGGUGAGAUGAAUCUGUCCCCUUCAGCCCCGGGUGGCAUGGUGGACUUCUGACGGACUCUCGUGCUCAGCUUCUUCUUUAAGUUCUAUCUCACCGUGCUACAGAAAUUAAGUUUAGAACUCAAUGGCAAUAAUAAUCUGGGUGAUGUGGUCCCCUCGAGGUAUGCCAGUGCCACUGAAUUAUUUCACAAGGAUCCUGUCAAUAAUGUACAACUUUUCCAAGAAGUGCCUCCAGGGCAGUCCAUCGAAGAUACAGUGGGACGACCCCUGAUGCACCUUUCGGCUGCCAAACAGGCGAGUGGAGAGGCAGUCUAUUGUGAUGACAUACCUCGCUAUGAGAAUGAACUCUACCUAACACUAGUUACCAGCACCAAAGCCCAUGCUAAGAUUGUUUCUAUUGAUACCACAGAGGCCCAGAAAGUACCUGGCUUUGUAUGUUUUGUCUCUGCUAAGGAUGUUCCUGGGAGUAAUGCCAGUGGGAUUGCUAAUGAUGAAACCAUCUUUGCAAAGGACACUGUCACCUGUGUUGGCCACAUUAUUGGUGGGGUGUUGGCAGACACGCAAGAACAUGCCCGAAGAGGUGCUAGAGCAGUGUCAGCAGCCUACCAUAAUUGUGUGAGUCUGUCAGCUACAGGAUUUUUUAGAAUUCCUAACGUUGGGUAUGACUUCAAGACAAAUUCAGGAAGGCCCUUUCAUUACUUCACUUAUGGUGUUGCUUGUUCUGAGGUUGAAAUAGACUGUCUGACAGGUGACCAUAAGAAUCUUCGCACAGACAUUGUGAUGGAUGUUGGCACCAGCUUAAACCCGGCUAUAGAUAUAGGGCAGGUAAGCAAUACAAUGUGGCCAUGCUCUGUGGAGCUGGUGUGAAUGUUCAUGCAGAUUAAAGUGAUUAAUAAGCAGCAACCAGUCUAACAAACAAUGGCAAUAACAUGAAC